GUGCGGAGCCAGGCAGAGCGUGCGGGCUGUGGGCCGCGGACUGCUCGGUGGGCUCCUGCGCUCACGCUGCCCUCGAGCGGCGCACUCGGCCGCAGCCCUCCGCGCAGGCGCCCACGCCGUUCGCCCCGACGGCGCCGGCUCGCCAGCCAGCGGAUGCUGGAGUGAGCGCGGCAGUGGCGGGAUGCUGGCGCUGCUGACUGCCGGUGUGGCGCUCGCUGUGGCCGCCGGGGCCCAGGACGGCCCGGCGCCGGGCAACCGCUUCGUGUGCACGGCGUUGCCCCCAGAGGCGGCGCGAGCCGGCUGCCCGCUGGCAGCGAUGCCCAUGCAGGGCGGCGCGCUGAGCCCCGAGGAGGAGCUGCGGGCGGCGGUGCUACAGCUGCGUGAGACCGUCGUACAGCAGAAGGAGACGCUGGGCGCCCAGCGCGAGGCCAUCAGCGAGCUCACUGCUAAGCUGGCGCGCUGCGAGGGUCUGGCGGGGGGCAAGGCACCAGGCCGGGCGGCCUCGGGCAAGGACACCAUGGGCGAUCUGCCGCGGGACCCCGGCCACGUCGUGGAGCAGCUCAGCCGCUCUCUGCAGACCCUCAAGGACCGUCUGGAGAACCUCGAGCACCAGCUCCGAGUGAACGUGUCCACGGCGGCGCUGCCCGGCGACUUUCGGGAGGUGCUCCAGCGGCGGCUGGGGGAGCUGGAGAGGCAGCUGCUGAGCAAGGUGGCCGAGCUGGAGGACGAGAAGUCCCUGCUCCACAACGAGACCUCGGCUCACCGGCAGAAGACCGAGAGCGCCCUGAACGCCCUGCUGCAGAGAGUGACAGAGCUGGAGCGAGGCAACAGUGCCUUCAAGUCACCCGAUGCGUUCAAAGUGUCCCUCCCCCUCCGCACGAACUACCUGUACGGCAAGAUCAAGAAGACGCUGCCCGAGCUGUACGCCUUCACCAUCUGCCUGUGGCUGCGGUCCAGCGCCUCGCCGGGCAUCGGCACCCCAUUCUCCUACGCGGUGCCCGGGCAGGCCAACGAGAUCGUGCUGAUAGAGUGGGGCAACAACCCCAUUGAGCUGCUCAUCAACGACAAGGUCGCACAGCUGCCCCUAUUUGUCAGUGAUGGCAAGUGGCACCACAUCUGUGUCACCUGGACGACGCGGGACGGCAUGUGGGAGGCCUUCCAGGAUGGGGAGAAGCUGGGCACCGGGGAGAACCUAGCCCCGUGGCACCCCAUCAAGCCGGGGGGCGUGCUGAUCCUCGGGCAGGAGCAGGACACGGUGGGGGGCAGGUUCGAUGCCACGCAGGCCUUUGUGGGGGAGCUCAGCCAGUUCAACAUCUGGGACCGCGUGCUUCGUGCCCAGGAGAUCAUUGGCAUCGCCAACUGCUCCACGAACAUGGCCGGUAACAUCAUUCCCUGGGUGGACAACAACGUGGACGUGUUCGGCGGGGCUUCCAAGUGGCCCGUGGAGACCUGCGAGGAGCGUCUCCUCGACUUGUAGCUGCCGUCACCUCUGUCCAGGAGGCGGAAGGGAGGGCUGCCCCCCUUCCCCCCGCCCCCAGGGGAACUGUCUAAACCUCCUGCCACACUGGGUGGUGGGGGGGCCCCAAAGCCCCUUCCCAGGGCGUCUCUGAGACUGAGGCUCUGUGGCAGCAUGUGUCACCAGCUUAUUUGUUCCCAACCAAGAUUGGGUUGGUUUGCGGCGCGGAGAAGCCCUGAGCCGCAGGUGGGCAGGUUUCGGACCUCUGCUGUCGGGGGGCAGGGAGGGGGGGACUGCUGUCCUUAAGGCCCGGUUCGCAACCCCUGUAAAUGCUCGCGCGCCACAGCCCUGCCUGCCCUCUUGGAUCCUUGGUGUCUUGUGUGCGUCCGUCCCCUUGAAAGGCUGUGCAUCCUUCCCGCUGGAGUGGCCGUGUCCCUUGUGUGUUGAGUACGCCCCGCUGUCACCUGAGCACGUGGCAACCCCACCCCCACCCCACAAGGGCCCUUCUCUUGGUGUUCUUUAUACUGUGACGCUUCCCGUCCUAGGGACUCUUGAGCCUACGGAGGAACGCAGGCAGGUGGCCCACAGGGUGCCCUGCCUUCUCCAAGGCGGAGGCGCAUCCUCGACCCAGAGAAGAGGCUGUGCACGGGAACUCGGAACGGAGAAGGGCCGUGGCAGCUGCCCCUCCCGCUCUGUCUCCUCUCCCUCUGACCCAUGCUUCGGCGGAAUCAUGCCUGAGUAUGGCUUUGAAAAGGUGUCUUUUCUCCACUGGUGCCAAAAGUUCAGUUGCAGCUUUCACAACCAUUCGAUGCGGUUUGGGGAAUCGGUUUUGUUGUUGUUUGGUUUCCCCAACAGAAAAGAGCAGCCAUGAGCAGGCUUCCGUUCUGGAUGUCUCUCGUCCACUGUGCGGAACGUGCUAGUUUUACUUCAUGUUGGCUCCUAUGAGCCUUUGCCCGUCUCCAGUAUUUCCCCCAGAACUUUUUCAGGAAACGGAGGUCAUGUGACUGAUACCUGCGUAGUGACUCCAGGCUGCUUAUUUUAUGGGACAGAGGUAGUAACUUAUUUUAAAGAUAAAGCGAUCAAGUGGGGAAAUUUAUAAAGAUAAAUAUUAUAUAUUUUAUUUUUCAUACAUGGUGGAAGUGCAAAUCUGUGGGAAUCCCAUGUGUAGGACAAAGCUGACAUGCCCAUCGUAACACGUGUGCUACCAGAGCUCUUCUGAUGAUGGAGUUUGGAUUAAAGUGCACUGGAACAUGC